AUAGCCCAAGGUCCACUCAUUAUCAUUCUCCUUUUUUCAAUUUUCUCCCACAACCCAUCUUCCAUUUUCUCCCAACAUCCCCAAAAAAACAAAAAAAAAAAUCUACUAAAACAAAGUUUGACCUGAAAUGGAUUCAUCAGAUGAUGAUGUUGAAGAGUAUCUUUUCAAGAUUGUAAUAAUAGGGGAUUCAGCAGUUGGGAAAUCAAAUUUGUUGUCAAGAUAUGCAAGGGAUGAGUUUAAUUUGCAUUCUAAAGCUACUAUUGGAGUUGAAUUUCAGACCCAAGUUCUUGAAAUUAAUGGGAAAGAAGUUAAAGCUCAGAUUUGGGAUACUGCUGGACAAGAAAGGUUUAGAGCUGUUACUUCUGCUUAUUAUCGUGGUGCUUUUGGUGCACUCCUUGUGUAUGAUAUAAGUCGGAGGAGUACUUUUGAAAGUGUUACUAGGUGGCUUGAUGAGCUCAAUACUCAUUGUGAUACAACAGUCGCGAAGAUGCUGGUAGGAAACAAAUGUGAUUUGGACAACAUUAGAGACGUUAGUAUUGAAGAAGGCGCGAAGCUUGCAGAAGCAGAAGGAUUGUUCUUCAUGGAGACGUCCGCGUUAGAUUCUACAAACGUUAAUAAGGCUUUCGAGAUUGUUAUCCGUGAAAUCUAUAGCAAUGUCAGCCGAAAGGUCUUGAAUUCGGAUUCCUACAAGGCGGAGUUAUCUAUUAACAGGGUAAACCUUGUAAAAGACGACGGAGAAGGAUCGAAACGAUCUUGGAGCAAUUGUUGCUCAAGAUGAACCAUGUUUUAACUGGUUAUACAUUUUGUUAUUGUUGGCUCAAGAUUAAGAGAUUUUUCAGUAUUUAUUCAAUUCACUAACACAGUGAAUUGUAUAAAUCUCUCUUAACUCUGUUUAAGCAUAUGUAUUCUCACUUUUAAGUUUUACUACUCUUAAACGAUAAAUUGUUUGAUUCGAUGUAAACAUUAGGUACGAGGAAAUAGUUUUUAUGGGGACACAUAUUUAAUGC